AUGGAGGAACACUUGCGCCAAAGUCUUUCAAACCACCCCCACCCUUUUCAGAGCGUGCACCAUACCUCGAGCCGCUCUGAAAGGAUGACACCCACCAACGAAGGUACCACCACUGCCCUCGAUCACGAACUCGCAAUCAUGCACCGCAGUGGCAGCUCCAGUGACGAGGAAGGUGCCCCUCCACCACGAUACACUGCCCAAAAUGAUCCAUUCCGCCUGGCCUCGAAGCUCAAGUCCGAGGAUGAGAUCCGUCAGAUGAAAGCCAAUACCUCCCGGAAACGUGAUUCAACCACCGGCACCAACAAGAAUCGGAAAGUCGCGUCCAUGGUCGAGAACACCACUCGUCUGGGAAAGCAGGCUUUCAUCACAAAGAAACUCCAGGGAUUCUACGAGUCGCAAAACGAGAAUAUCGAGCGCAUGCUCAAGCCUGUGGAAGAACAUCGUCGCGCUGCCCGUGAAUUGAACAUCGAUAACCGUCUGAAAUACCGUAUUGCAGUGUACGGUUCUUUUGCAGCCAACAUCAUCCUCUCCAUCAUUCAAGUCUACGGCGCCGUAUCUUCCGGUUCCCUCUCCCUCUUCACUACCAUGGCCGACGCUGUAUUCGACCCAAUGUCCAACCUGACUCUCCUCCUCUGCAACAAAGCCGUCAACCGAGUCGAUCCACGCAAGUUCCCUGCCGGCAAAGCUCGCAUCGAAACCGCAGGCAAUAUCUGUUUCUGUUUCCUCAUGACAGCCGUCUCCUUCAUUCUAAUUGCUUUCUCAAUCCGCGAGCUAGCAGUGGGCUCCGAGGAAGAAACUCAAAACUUCCACCUCCCCUCCGUGAUCGCCGUUUCAGUCGCCUUCGCCACAAAGCUCGCUCUCUUCCUGUACUGCUGGGCUCUCCGCAACCAAGUCUCCCAGAUUCGCAUUCUGUGGGAAGACCACCGCAACGAUCUAUUCAUCAAUGGAUUCGGUAUCCUCACCUCCGUCGGUGGUAGUAAGUUGCGCUGGUGGAUCGACCCAAUGGGCGCGAUUAUUCUUUCCGUGCUGGUCAGUGUUCUCUGGCUGCACUCUGCGUACGGCGAGUUCCAGCUUCUGGUCGGCGUCACUGCUGACACGAACAUGCAACAACUCAUCACUUACAUCUCGAUGACUCACUCACCAGUCAUCACGGCCAUUGAUACUGUCCGCGCUUACACUUCUGGUCCACGGUUGCUGGUUGAGGUUGACGUUGUCAUGGAUGCGGAUGCGUCUCUUCGUGCUACACAUGACGUUGCCGAGGAGCUUCAGAUCAAGCUUGAGUCUCUUCCUGAUGUUGAGCGUGCUUAUGUCCAUGUCGACUAUGAGACUACGCAUAAGCCAGAGCACUUCCUCAAGAAAGAAUUGUAA